CCGUCGCACGCAUGCGCAAUGCUCAUGUGGAUGGCGCGGCGCCCACAGCUCGAGCUCUGCUGUCACGGAGAGCGAGAUGAUGGAAGAUCAAUCAACUGAGCGUGUGCAGGCAGUUGUACUUUAAAAAGGAAGAGACAGGUGCUAGUCUUGUUUGAUUUUAUAUGCCAGUAACUGAUUAACUCUAGAAUAGAUAUCUGCUUAAGUUGGAAUGUCAGGGUUUGGACGUGGGGGUCGAGGAGCUGCCUUGCUCAAGCUCCUGGAUGAACCACGUCGCCCCGGUGCCAGUAGUAGCCCAAGGCCAGAGCCUGUAAAAUUCCAUAGUAAUGGUGAUAGCAGUAGGGUAGGCCCAGUGCCUUCCCGUCCUAAAGGAAGAGGGUUCAUGUUAGCUGCAUUAGGACAACAAUUAACAGGAAAAGAAGAAUCAAAUGGAGUUUCAGAACCCAGAAUGCCAAGUGGUAAAGGCGAUUUUGAACCAAAGUCCUAUGGAAGAGGAUUUUCUCCAAUUGGAGAGAGUCAGCUGUCAAGGGUCUCUGAAAGGCAUUCUCCACCUCAAGGUGUGACGUCAAAGCAGUCACCACCACCAUCAUCUGAGACAGCUGUAGACGAACAAAUGAAAAAAAUACAUAUCAGUAUAGAAAAUAAAGAAAACAAAAUUGGAACAUGUGGCACAAGAGUGGAGCUAUCGGCAAACUACAUUCAUCUCCGUUGUGAAACUGAUGCUGUCUAUCAAUAUGCGGUAUCAUACGAACCACAGAUUGAUAGCCGAAAUAUGCGUGCCCACCUGUUGUACCAGCACAGUGAUGUGAUUGGUAGUGUGCGGGCAUUUGAUGGUGCCACUUUGUACCUGCCAAUCAAAGUGCAAUCUCAGGUGUUCAAGUCAAUUAGACCAACUGACAAAGUGGAUGUGAUGGUAAACUUAAAACUAGUCAAAGAACUUCCCCCUGAGGCUUGUAUUAGUGUUUAUAACGUCAUUUUCAGAAGGGUAAUGGACAAAUUAAAGCUGAAGCAAGUGGGCCGUCAUUAUUUUGACCCAUCCCGGAGUGUGGAAGUUCCACAGCAUAAGUUGCAGAUCUGGCCUGGAUACAUAACAGCUAUCAAUGAGUAUGAUGGAGGCCUCAUGUUACAGACAGAUAUGUCGCACAAAGUAUUAUGCUAUGAAACAGUGUUGGAAUCGAUGACCACCAUCAUUCAACAUAGUCAGAGGAAUUUUCGUGAAGUGUGUACACGCGAGCUAAUUGGUUCGGUUGUGUUAACACGCUACAACAAUAAGACGUACCGUAUUGAUGACAUUGCGUGGGACAAGAAUCCUAAGUGUACCUUUACCCUCCACAAUGGACAAGAAACAUCUUUUGUUGACUACUACAGACGUUCCUAUAACAAGGAAAUAAAGGACUUAAACCAACCACUGCUAAUAAGCAGACCCAAGAAAAAGGACAAAAACAGAAAUCAAGGGCAAGAGGAGGUGAUUUGCCUCAUACCUGAAUUGUCAUAUCGUACAGGCUUGACCGAUGCAAUGAGGGCAGACUUCAGAGUCAUGAAGGAUCUUGCUACACACACCAGGAUCACCCCUAACCAGAGACAUUUUGGUCUGACAAAAUUUGUUGAGAGACUUUAUGGGAAUCCAGAAAUUCUUGAAGAGUUGCAGAAAUGGAACAUUCGUCUUGAUAAAACUCCAAUUAGGUUGGAAGGACGUAUUCUCCCUAAAGAAAAGAUUCACCUGCGUGGCAAGGCCUUCAUUCCUCCAAUACCUGACUGGGGAAGAGAAGUCUGCAGAGAAAAAGUUAUAUCUGCAGUGGACCUUACUGAUUGGGUGGUUGUAUUUAGCCGCCGUGAUGCACAGAGGACUACUGACUUCAUCCAGAUGAUGUUUCAAGUGACGCGUCAAAUGGGCAUCAACAUGUCUGACCCUGUAAGACUCGAGAUACCUGAUGAUAGGACAGAGUCGUACCUUAGGGUCAUCAGAGAUGCCAUUAACCCCAGGCUGCAGUUAGUUGUCAUUAUUUUUCCAACAUCACGUGAUGACCGGUACAACGCAGUGAAGAAACUCUGCUGUUAUGAGAGUGCCGUUCCAUCACAAGUCAUCAUCUCAAAGACAAUCGGUCAAGCAAACAAACUACGUAGUGUUGUCCAGAAGAUUGCACUGCAAAUCAACUGCAAACUUGGUGGGGAACUGUGGAGUUUAGACAUACCAUUGAAACGUCUAAUGGUGGUUGGCAUUGAUGUGUACCAUGACUCACCAAGAAACAAGAAGUCUAUCGGUGCAUUUGUUGCCAGUACUAACAACCUAUUGACGCGUUGGUAUUCAAGGGUCUGCUUCCAAAUGCCACAUCAAGAGCUCAUUGAUGGAUUAAGACUUUGCUUCUUAGCAGCAAUUAAGAAGUAUGCAGAGUUGAAUCAUGCCCUCCCGGAGAAAAUCAUCAUCUUCCGUGAUGGGGUUGGUGAUGGCCAACUGAGCAUGGUAGCCGAUUAUGAGCAGAAACAACUGUCAGAAUGCUUUGCAUCCUUUGGCGCCAACUACAAUCCAAGCCUAGCUAUUGUAGUUGUACAGAAGCGCAUUAACACAAGGAUCCUAGGAACAGAUCAUACUGGGCAGAUGACUAACCCAGCACCAGGUGUAGUUGUUGAUCACUCAAUCACACGUAAAGGCUGGUAUGACUUCUUCCUUGUCAGUCAACAUGUGCGUCAAGGUACACUGACACCUACUCAUUACGUUGUCGUUCAUGAUAAGACCACAUUGAAACCGGACCACAUGCAAAGACUGGCUUACAAGUUAACUCAUUUGUACUACAACUGGCCCGGAACCGUUCGUGUUCCAGCACCUUGCCAGUAUGCACACAAACUUGCGUACCUCGUUGGUCAAAACAUACAACGCGAACCUCAUCUUUCACUAGCAGACAAGUUAUACUUCCUCUAGAACAGUCAAUGUUGUCAGCGGUUAAAACUAGAUUUUAAAAGUGUAUUAAAUGGUGUAUAUGACGCCCCAAGAUUGACCGAGUCUUGCAUGUUUUUAUUAGCCACUGGCUAGCAAAGUGAGCUCUAUAACCUGUUGGUAGCCAAGUGGGAGUACCAAGUCUUAAAAUGUAAAUAAUGUUUUAUGAAGAGGAAUUUCUUUUGUCUUCAAAAUUUAUUAUGUUUUCUAUAACUUUUAUACAAGUCUUGUGAUUUUAUGUUAUAUUUUACCUAGCAUUAAAGAAUUAUUUCAUUCUAUUAGUAUUCUAAUGUAAUGAAGUUUUGCACCAAAGAAUGUGUAACCAAUGUUGUUAAAACCUUGAAUCUAAGUUCCCUCAUUUAAAGAAAUUGGCUUAAUGUUAUAAUUAGUAUUACAAUAAUGGUUUCAGGGUGGUUUAAAUAGUGAAAAAUCUCCUAAAGUUCCAUUUUAUUUUGCAUGUUUUUGUGCUAUGAUUAACAAUUACAUCAAUCAUUCUUCUAUUAUUAGGAAUUGCAGAUUUCAUGCUGUUCAUAAUUAUAGAAUGUUGAUUAAUUUCUAAGCCAUUUACUAAAUGAUUUUCUCUUUAAUGUUUUUUAAAUUAUAUAAAUUUACUUAUUGUUGAGGGUACAAAACCAUUCCAUGUCGGGCAAAAAUGUUAAGCAUUAGAAAUAUUGGCCUGAAGCUGACUUUCAGAAUCUUGAUUCCAGUAUUAGUAUAUUUCUAGCUCUUUUAAUAUACUGUUUUAGAAAGUGCAUUAAUUUCAAUGCUGUUUUCUAUUUUUUUCUCCAAUGAAGUAAUUUUGAUAAAGCUCUGAUGGGUGUAAUGUCUCCUAUGUAGAAUUUUGCUUUCCCCAAUUUGGUGCUCACUUUUGUGUAUUUUAAGUGUUUUAGACUGAUUAAAAGAGAAAUUUCAUUGAGA